AUCUGUUUGGGUGCUGCACUUGUUUCACACGGACAUUUUUUUUAGCUGUAACAGUGUUUGUAGAGGGCGGUCCGACAUGGCGCUGUCCGAAGGGGACACGUAGAAAGGAUCCUUUGAUUACAGAGGAGUUUUCGAUGCUGCUAGUUGGUGACCAGAUCACAUUCAACACUCUCAAGUGACUUUGGCUCUUUUAGAACUGCUAUCAACUUAUUCUCCUUGUGCAUAUGUUGGGAAUAAUGGUGGACCUGCCUAGAGAUAAAAUCUCUGUUUCUGCAGAACUGGUUGAUGAGCCUGGAGAAAACGGCGAUGACUGUAUUGAUGGGGUUGUUAGUGAGCCCUUGAUUAAUGGAUGUGACCAGAGUGAUCAGAACAAGCAAAACCAGAGGACUGGUGGUCUCAAAGACAAGUGUGCGGCAUAUGUUGUAGCUUUACGACCUUGGAGUUUUAGCACUUCAUUAACUCCUGUUGCACUGGGAAGUGCAUUGGCAUACAAAUCUGAAGGAAAAAUUGACAUUUUGAUACUGUUGGUGUGUGGUGUGGCUGUACUGGCAGUGCAUGGAGCAGGUAACUUGGUGAACACUUUCUAUGACUUCUCCAAAGGCAUUGAUCACAAAAAGAGUGAUGACAGGACAUUGGUGGACAGGAUCUUGGAGCCACAAGAUGUGGUCAUGUUUGGAGCUGUCCUGUACUCUUUAGGAUGCAUCUGUGCCACUUGUUUGUUUUUUCUGUCAACACUCAAGUUAGAGCAUCUUGCUCUUAUUUUCUUUGGUGGACUUUCAAGUUCUUUCCUUUAUACAGGAGGAAUUGGUUUGAAGUAUGUCGCCUUGGGAGAUGUAGUCAUUCUGAUCACGUUUGGGCCACUGGCUGUCAUGUUUGCCUAUGCUGUUCAAGUAGGAUACCUUUCUGUACUGCCCCUGAUCUAUGCCAUUCCCCUGGCACUCAACACUGAAGCUAUCCUGCAUAGUAAUAACACCAGGGACAUGGACUCGGACAAGCAAGCGGGCAUUGUCACAUUAGCUAUUCUUAUUGGGCCUACACUCUCCUAUGUGCUCUUCAGUGUGUUACUUUUUCUCCCAUAUGUCUUAUUUUCCAUCUUGGCAACGCGCUACGCUGUUAGCAUGGCUUUGCCCCUUCUUACCAUCCCUAUGGCAUUCCCACUGGAGAGGCAAUUUCGCAGCCGAAGCUACUCCAAAAUCCCACACAAAACUGCCAAGCUCAACUUGCUAAUGGGUCUUUUUUAUGUAUUUGGUAUCAUCCUGGCUCCAAAGGGCAGCCUGCCAAAGCUGUAAAACACACAAAAGGUUUUAUUAACCUAUCAGUUUAUAUUUAUUGAAAUGCUAAAGGUUCUUUUUUUGAAUAAAAACUUUAAUAACACGGUUAUUUAAUUUUAAACUGAAUGGACAAAAGGUGCAGUUAAGAAAAUAAAAUGUUCAAAGUUUAAAAUUUCUGAAUUAAAAGAAAUGUUUUGUAACUGUUUAUUAGAAUUUUUAGUAUAUUUUAGUUUUGUAAUAUUUGAAAUGCAUUCUAUAACAGUUUCUUUAUUCACCUUUGCAAAGCAAGUUUUUUUUUUGCAGUUAUUAAAAUGCAACUGUAAAGCUAAUAGUUUUUGAUCAUAAAAAUCUAAUAGCAUUUCAGACCUUUUGGACAUUUUCUUUAGGUCAUAUUGACCAUUUGCAGUUCAAAUUAAAUUGCUUUCAAUAUGAAA